UCGCGAGCCAAUCAAAAUGACUCAUUUAGUUUUCACAGACGCCCAAAAAACACAACAGCUUUUAUCAUGCGGUUCUUCAAUUGUGACUUCCCAAACUUGGAUAUUUCCACACACUUCUAAUUUGAGAAAACACCUUGUGGAGAAGAGGGUGAGGAGAAUCUUGGCGCUGCGUGUCCACUGUGCCCCCCGCAACGGCCAUGCCGUUGCUUCUGGAGACGCAAAGGCUAUGGAAGCAAACCCAGACAGAAAACCAAGAGUGGAGCCCCUGCAGAUGGGUCGUGGGCCUGCUGGAGCCUAUCCCAGCUAUCAUCGGGCAGGAGGCGGGGUACACCCAGAACUGGUUGCCAGCCAAUGGCUAGUCAAGAACAAAACUGUGGCAAUUAAUGUGCCCUCCUUCCUGUACCGGUGUUAUCGGCUCAUGGCUGAAGAUUUGGAUCAGCGGAUGUGCAGCCUAACUCUGUGUCCUAUGGAGUUGGCUAUCGAUUAGAGAAGCUGUGGAAGAAGUCAAGAGGAAGCUGCUGCAGAGUUUCUCUACGCUGAAUCCCAUUUAGCAGAAGCCAAACGGGUUUGAUUGCACACUCGUGCGAGCUGGUGGUACACACUGCAUUUGUGCUUGUGAGAUGAAGAGAAGCCAAGUGGCUAGUACAACCACUGAAGUCUGACAGCCUGGUGGACUGCAACAUGGAUUAAGAAGUCCCACACAUCAAGAGAUCAAAGGUGGCUGUGACAGGGGCACCCCCGGGGCAGGACCCAUGAGGAGUCAUAGAAGAUGCUCACAGCCUGGGCGCUUCUGCUCUUCUUAGCCAUGUGGGUGACAAGCACCUCUGGUGGCCCGCUCUCCUUCAGAAUAGCUGCCAUCCUUGAUGACCCGAUGGAGUGCAGCAGAGGAGAGCGUUUGGCCAUCACGCUGGCCAAAGACAGCAUCAACAGGAGCAGCAACCGCUCCAUCACAGGAAAGCUGGAGGUGGACAUCUUUGAGCUGCUUAGAGACAGUGAAUAUGAAAUGGGCGAAACAAUGUGCCAAAUCAUGUCCAAGGGGGUGGUGGCGGUCCUCGGUCCCUCUGCCAGUCCAGCCUCCAACUCCAUCAUCAGUAAUAUCUGCGGUGAGAAGGAGGUGCCCUACGUAAAGGUGGCUCCGGAAGACAUUUUAAAGGUCCAGUUCCUCCGUUUCACCACUCUGGACCUGAGGCCAACCAACAUGGAUGUCAGUCUGGCUGUAGCGAGCCUUCUCACCUUCUUUAACAGCACCACCGCCUGCCUCAUCUGUGCACAGGCCGACUGCUUAUUGAACCUGGAGCAGCUCCUCAGGCAGUUCCUCAUCUCCAAGGAGACCCUGUCAGUGCGUAUGCUCGACGACAGCCAGGACCCGACCCCGCUUCUGAAGGAGAUACGAGACGACAAGACCGCCACCAUCAUCGUCGACGCCAACGCCACCAUGUCCCAUAUCAUUCUGGAACGGGCAUCAGAGCUGGGAAUGCUGUCAGUCUACUACACAUACAUCUUCACAUCCUUGGAGUUCUCCAUGCUGCGAUUGGAAGAUGUGGGAGACCAGCGGGUCAACAUCGUCGGAUUUUCUGUUUUCAACCAAACGCAUCCAUUCUUUGAGGAUUUUGUGCUAAGCCUCAACCGCUCCUGGCAAGAGAACUGUGAACAUGCUCCCUUUCCUGGCACCCCGCUCUCCUCAGCUCUUCUCUUUGAUGCAGUAUACGCGGUGGUGGCUGCGGUCCAGGAACUGAACCGCAGCCAAAAUGUAGGCGCCACUCAGCUCUCCUGCAAGUCCUCCAAAAUCUGGGAGCACGGCACCAGCCUCAUGAAUUACCUAAGGAUGGUAGAGCUGGAGGGUCUAACAGGCCACAUUGAAUUCAACAGCAAAGGCCAACGCUCCAACUACGCCCUUAGGAUCAUGCAGAGCAGCAAGGAUGGCCUAAGGCAGAUUGGCCUGUGGCACUCUGAAGAUGGACUGUAUAUGGAGAAGAAGCUCCCAUCAGUCAACGUAUCGGACACCCUCUUCAACACGACUCUCACCAUCACUACAAUACUAGAGAAUCCAUAUGUGAUGCUGCAGCCGAAUCACCAGGAACUGGAGGGAAAUGAGCGCUACGAAGGCUUCUGUGUUGACAUGCUAAAGGAGCUGGCAGCCAUACUCAAGUUCAAGUAUCGUAUCCGACUGGUGGGGGACGGACUGUAUGGUGUCCCUGGAGCGAACGGAACGUGGAGCGGCAUGGUGGGAGAGCUCAUUUCCAGGAAAGCUGACUUGGCAGUCGCCGGCCUCACCAUCACAGCGGAGCGUGAAAAGGUCAUUGACUUCUCCAAACCCUUCAUGACCCUCGGUAUCAGCAUCAUGUACCGCGUCCACCUGGGUCGUCGGCCAGGCUACUUCUCUUUCCUGGACCCGUUCUCCCCGGGCGUGUGGCUCUUCAUGCUAUUGGCCUACUUGGCCGUGAGCUGCGUGCUCUUCCUGGUGGCCAGAUUGACACCUUACGAGUGGUACAACCCGCACCCCUGCCUGAAAGGACGCUGCAACCUGCUCAUCAACCAGUACUCCCUCGGAAACAGCUUAUGGUUCCCUGUCGGGGGCUUCAUGCAGCAAGGGUCUACCAUUGCUCCCAGGGCGUUGUCCACGCGCUGUGUCAGCGGAGUGUGGUGGGCGUUCACAUUAAUCAUCAUCUCGUCGUACACUGCCAACCUGGCCGCCUUCCUCACCGUUCAGAGGAUGGAGGUGCCCAUCGAGUCAGUGGAUGACCUUGCGGAUCAGACGGCCAUAGAGUACGGCACCAUGCACGGGGGCUCCACCAUGACCUUCUUCCAGAAUUCACGCUACCAGACGUACCAACGAAUGUGGAACUUCAUGCAUUCCAAGCAACCCAGCGUGUUUGUGAAGAGCACGGAGGAGGGCAUUGCCCGCGUCCUCAAUUCCAACUACGCCUAUCUGCUGGAGAGCACCAUGAAUGAGUACUAUCGCCAGAGGAACUGCAACCUGACACAGAUUGGCGGGCUGCUCGACACCAAGGGCUACGGUAUCGGAAUGCCACUGGGUUCUGUGUACCGUGAUGAGUUUGACCUGGCCAUCCUCAAGCUGCAGGAGGACAAUCGCUUGGAGAUCCUCAAGAGAAAGUGGUGGGAUGGCGGCAAGUGUCCCAAAGAAGAGGACCACCGGGCCAAAGGUCUUGGCAUGGAGAACAUCGGCGGCAUCUUCGUGGUGCUGGUGUGCGGCCUACUGGUGGCCAUCUUCAUGGCGGUGCUGGAGUUUGUGUGGAUGCUGAGGCAUGUGCCAGGAAGUGAGCAGUCGGUGUGCGAGGAGAUGCUGCGCGAGCUGCAGGGCAUCGUCCUGUGUCACGACAGCCUGCAGGUGAGGCGCCGCCGAACGUCGUCCGUCAUGCGGCCUCUGCCCCUGGAGGAGCGCCGGGCGCGGGCGGCCACCGCCGCCGCCGCCGUUGGCCUCGCCAACGGCAAGCUGUGCGCCGGCACGGGACUGCCUGAGCCGCUCUCCCACAGACUGGCUCAGGAGGCCGCGCUGGUGGCCAGAGGCUGCAGCCACAUCCGCAUUUGCCCCGAGUGCAGACGCUUUCAGGGGCUCCGAAUGCGUCCCGGGGAGGCAGCCGGGACCCUGCCAUCUCCCACGCCCAGCGAAGAGAGCUUAGAGUGGGACAAGAUGACAAAUAGCAGCGAACCUGAAUAACACGCACCCUGCAGACAUUCAUCUUAGUGGCCAGCCGGUGCUUUGUUGCCAGAUCGCCCAACGCUGGACGGAGGUACUGACUCAUCUUUUUUUGGAAUCUCCUGGGGCAGAUUUGUCUUUUCCUUGCUCAUGGAAAAACUGAUGAGUCUGUCUCAUGUCAGCCCUGGGUACUGCUCUGAACAGGACACGCAAAGGACAAACAGCCACUGGGCCAUUUGUACUAUGCAGUAUUUUCAAGUCAUUUAUCAGUGUGCUGUUUCUUUUUCUCCCCGCCUUUUUAAAUUAUUCCUGCCCUCUGUUGGAUUAUCAGUACUGAAUAUUGUUGUUAUAUUGUUCUUGGGAAAAAAAAAUAAACAUUAAACAAGUUCCUUUUUUAAA